GAGUUCAGUUUGCUAAGUACUGUCAUUUGCUCAAAGAAGGUGUGUGCUCCAGAAGGAGUUUUAACCUGGAGGAUCAUUAAGUCUUUCAGUCAGCUGGUGAGCGGCGGUGGCUGGGCAAGUUCAAUUCGUCCUGGACGCAUCUGCUCCAGAAGGUCAGGGAGGAGUGGAAUCACUUUUCCAUGGGGGACCACUUUGAGAAGGGCCAGCAAGCUUUGCUCAAUGAAGGAGAAGAGAAUGAGAUGGAGAUAUUUGGCUACCGGACUCAGAGCUGCCGGAAAACCCUCUGCCUUGCUGGAUCUAUCUUCUCCUUUGGGAUCCUCCCCUUGGUGUUUUACUGGAGACCCGCUUGGCACGUGUGGGCAAACUGCAUCCCGUGUUCCUUGCAAGAAGCAGACGUCGUGUUGCUGAGGACAACAGAUGAAUUCCAAACUUACUCUUGGAAAAAGGUAGUGUGGAUCUGCCUGUCAGCAUUGAACAGUGCAUUUCAGCUCAUUCCUGACCACCCUCUCAUCACAGAUGAGGAAUAUAUCAUAAAUAGAGCCAUAAGAAAGCCAGACCUAAAGGUGAGAUGCAUAAAAGUGCAGAAAAUAAGGUAUGUUUGGAACAACUUGGAAGGACAGUUUCAGAAAAUUGGCUCUUUGGAAGACUGGCUCAGUUCUGCCAAGAUACAUGUAAAGUUUGGAUCAGGUCUAACAACAGAAGAACAAGAGAUUAGGAGGUUAAUAUGUGGGCCAAAUACUAUUGAUGUUGAAAUCACACCCAUCUGGAAACUGCUCAUCAAGGAGGUUUUAAAUCCAUUUUACAUAUUUCAGCUCUUCAGUGUCUGUCUGUGGUUUAGCGAAGACUAUAAGGAGUAUGCUUUUGCUAUCAUAAUCAUGUCGAUCAUUUCCAUCGCUUUGACCGUAUAUGAUCUCAGAGAGCAAUCUGUAAAGCUCCACCAUUUAGUUGAAUCACAUAAUAGCAUUACAGUCUCUGUAUGUGAGAAAAAAGCUGGAGUCCAGGAGCUGGAAUCACGCUUCCUGGUACCUGGAGAUCUAUUAAUUUUGACGGGGAACAAAGUGCAAAUGCCGUGUGAUGCCAUUCUGAUUGAUGGAAGUUGUGUGGUGGAUGAAGGCAUGCUGACAGGAGAAAGUAUUCCGGUCACUAAAACUCCAUUACCUAAGAUGGAUAGCUCUGUGCCCUGGAAAACACAGAGUGAAGCGGAUUACAAACGGCAUGUCCUCUUCUGUGGAACAGAGGUUAUCCAGGCCAGGGGGGCUUGCUCUGGCACCGUGAAAGCAGUAGUACUGCAGACGGGAUUCAACACUGCAAAGGGGGACCUCGUGAGAUCUAUUCUCUACCCCAAGCCGAUGAAUUUUAAGCUCUACAGGGAUGCCAUCAUGUUCCUCCUGUGCCUUGUAGGAACAGCCACCAUCGGGAUGAUCUAUACUUUGUGCGUCUAUGUGCUCAGUGGGGAACCUCCGGAGGAGGUGGUGAAGAAAGCCCUUGAUGUCAUCACAAUUGCGGUUCCUCCCGCUCUACCUGCUGCCCUGACCACAGGCAUUAUCUAUGCCCAGCGGAGGCUGAAGAAGAGAGGCAUCUUUUGUAUUAGCCCCCAGAGGAUUAAUGUAUGUGGACAGUUAAACCUUGUCUGCUUUGACAAGACAGGUACCUUAACAAGGGAUGGCUUGGAUCUCUGGGGAGUCGUGCCCUGUGAUAGGAGUGGCUUCCAGGAAGUCCACAACUUUGCCUCAGGCAAGGCUUUGCCAUGGGGCCCACUGUAUGCAGCCAUGGCCAGCUGCCAUUCUCUGAUCCUCCUGGAUGGGACCAUCCAUGGAGACCCACUGGACCUCAAAAUGUUUGAAGCUACUACCUGGGAAAUGGUGGUUUCCGGGCAUGAUUUCCACAUCACGGGAGCACCGGCAUGUGCCAUGGUUGUUAAGCCCUGCAAACCAGCCAGCCAGGUCCCAGUGGCAGGAAUUGCAAUCCUGCAUCAGUUCCCAUUCUCAUCAGCGCUGCAGAGGAUGACAGUCAUUGCCCAAGAGAUGGGGGGUGACUGGCUGGCAUUCAUGAAAGGUGCACCGGAGAGGGUGGCCAGCUUUUGCCAACCUGAGACAGUACCAACUAGUUUUGUUAGUGAACUUCAGAUUUACACGACACAGGGCUUCCGGGUCAUAGGACUGGCCUACAAAAAGCUGGAGAUGGACCAUCACACCACUGCCUUGAUGAGGGACCAGGUAGAAUCAGACCUGAUAUUUCUGGGAUUGCUGAUCUUGGAGAAUCGACUGAAGGAAGAGACAAAACCUGCCCUUGAAGAGCUCAUCUCAGCCCGGAUAAGGACCGUAAUGAUCACAGGUGACAAUCUUCAGACUGCAAUAACAGUGGCCAGAAAGUCUGGAAUGGUUUCUGAAAGCCAGAAAGUCAUUCUCAUUGAAGCAAAUGAAACUACUGAGUCCUCAUCAGCAUCUAUAUCUUGGCAAUUAGUCGAAGAGAAGAAACAUAUUGCAUAUAGGAAUCAGGACAAUUACAUUAACAUCAGGGAAGAAGUUUCUGAUAACAGCAGAGAAGGAAGUUACCAUUUUGCCCUAAGUGGAAAAUCCUUCCAGGUUAUAAGUCAACAUUUCGGUAGCCUACUGCCAAAAAUAUUGAUCAAUGGGACCAUCUUUGCAAGAAUGUCUCCAGGGCAGAAAUCCAGUCUGGUUGAAGAAUUUCAGAAACUAGAUUACUUUGUAGGUAUGUGUGGAGAUGGAGCCAAUGACUGUGGGGCUUUGAAAAUGGCUCACGUGGGCAUCUCUUUAUCAGAGCAGGAAGCAUCUGUGGCCUCACCUUUCACUUCCAAAACUCCAAACAUUGAAUGUGUACCUCACCUUAUCAAGGAAGGACGUGCGGCUCUCGUUACCUCAUUUUGCAUGUUUAAGUACAUGGCUCUGUACAGCAUGAUUCAGUAUGUUGGUGUUCUGCUGCUCUACUGGGAGAGAAACAGCCUUUCAAAUUACCAGUUUCUGUUCCAGGAUCUGGCCAUUACAACUCUUAUUGGUGUAACAAUGAAUUUGAAUGGUGCCUAUCCCAAGCUGGUGCCUUUCAGACCUGCAGGACGGCUGAUCUCCCCGCCUCUGCUGCUUUCUGUGAUUCUCAACAUUCUUCUCAGCCUGGCCAUGCACAUUGUGGGCUUCAUUCUGGUUCAGAGGCAGCCUUGGUAUUCCAUGGGGAUGCACAGUACCUGCACAGUGCAAAAUGAAACCACCUCAAAGUUAACCAUUUCUCCAACUGCUCCAGAUAAGAUCGGAAGUAAUGGUGUCUUCACAAGUUUUGAGAACACUACUAUAUGGUUCUUGGGAACAAUCAACUGUAUCAUUGUGGCUCUUGUCUUCUCUAAAGGGAAACCAUUUAGGCAGCCCACCUACACAAACUAUAUAUUUGUCCUUGUGCUGGUCAUACAGCUGAGUGUGUGUCUAUUCAUUCUAUUUGCCGAUAUUCCAGAAUUAUAUAGGCGUCUGGAUCUGCUCUGCACUCCUGUCCUGUGGAGGGUCUACAUUGUCAUUAUGCUCGGCUCCAAUAUCAUUGUGUCCCUUGUCGUGGAGGAGGCCAUCAUUGAAAAUAGAGCCCUGUGGAUGAUAAUCAAAAGAUGUUUUGGCUAUCAAUCAAAAAGCCAGUAUCGGAUAUGGCAGAGGGCCUUGGCAAAUGACCCCAGUUGGCCCCCCAUAAACCAGACCUCCUACUCUGACAUGUCGGCGUGUGGCAGGGGAGUGUCUUACAGCAACCCGGUGUUUGAGAGCAACGAGGAACAACUUUGAAGGCAUUGUGAUAUCCAAGUUUAUAUAACAUAGUAACGAUGACAAAAGGGACCAGUUUCAGUGAUUUGUUUUUAAGCAGUGAGACUCUUACAAUAUCAGCUAGAGUUUUUGGAAUCAAAAACCUGUCCAAUCAUGGUGACAAAUUAAAGUCUUUUUGAUAAAAUACUUUCUAUAGAACAGAACACUGCCCUAGGAGAGUGUUUUUCUCUUGGCUUCUGAAAGUAUUAGAGGUGUUCAGUGAUUCAAGAAUGGUCCAGGGAUGGCAAUGGGCCAAGAGAUUGGGAGGCUAAAGGAGAAGGAGAGUACUUAAUCUUUCUUCUUAGGUAAUAUAUUUUUUAAAUGAGUUGAGGGAAAGUAGCAUAGAAUUGUAAACAUGUUAAAGAUCAUUUUUGAACUCUUAUUUCAUUGAUGGAAAAACAAAUGCAUGAGAACCAUAACACCACUCCUCACUGUCUGGUUUCCUUUCCUUUAUGGUACUUUUCAGAUUUGAGAUGUUUCCUUCCAUUUCCGGCCUUCCCCUAAGUAUUAGUCAGGAUAGGCUUAGCCGAUGCUGCAAUAACAAACAACUCCAGUAUCUCAGUGUCUUAACACUCAAGAGCUUCUGUCUUGAUCCGGGUGGCUCUUUAGUAUAGCCCUCCUCGGAGUGGUGACUGCUCCAGUCUGAUGGCUCCACCGACUCAACACAAGGACUCCAUGUAUAUUGCGAUGGGGAAGGAGGAUGGAGGCUCUUCACUGUGUCAAAGUGGUACACAUCUCUCCCAUCACUCACACCACAUUAACCAGGGAUUUGGCAAAGAAACUGGGGAGUACAGUCUCCUGUAUUUAGGGCUGGCUUCAUGGGCAUACGAUCUGGCAGUCUCAUAGGGUCUCAUGCUCAGAAAGGUCCCAUUGUUGGUUUAAUACUCUGCUAUUGCCAUCUUGAAAAUCCUUAUUUUUAACAAGGAUCCCCCAAAUUACAUAGUUGGUCUGGCUCAUAUUCCUGGAAAAGAAAGGAAAGUAGCACAAAUCAAAGAGCGCUAGAACUGUCCACUAAACUCUGGCUCCUGACGCUGUGAAUGUCUAUGUUUUAGGAACCCCGCAUCUCGUGUGCCCGAUUCCAGGAACCACAUCCCGUGUGCCCAAUUCCAGGAAUUUUUACUCCUCUGCUCUAUUAUUUUGAGAAAAGUUAGUCUUGUGCUACCACGUUAUAUGUUAUCAUUAACGUAAGUCCUCAUACAACGUAUGCAUUUCUUAAGCUUGAGGCUUUAGAUUUCAGAAAACAAAAAUUUCCCUUAUUUUAUCAUUAGUACAAUUUGGUUAUAUUGAGCUCAGCAGACAACACUGAAUUCUAGGAAAACAUCCACAAAUAGUAUUUUAAAGCAAAAGCAACAUUUUCAUGGCAAACAUCAAAUCCUAAAUGAAUGUUCUGGGCAGGGAGUGAGUCUCUGGCUGGUUGGCUACUUCCCAAGAGCAUCUGCAAGCAUUCCCUUACCCGGCUGAACUCCUGAGCGUGGUUCUGGAGCAUGGUGCAGAUAAUUCUGGAACAUGGUGUUUCUCAGCCACAAAGUUACCUUGUCGUUUCUGGUUUUAAAAUAGGGUGUGAGGGCUUCCCUGGUAGCGCAGUGGUUGAGAAUCUGCCUGCUAAUGCAGGGGACACGGGUUCGAGCCCUGGUCUGGGAAGAUCCCACAUGCCGCGGAGCAACUAAGCCCGUGAGCCACAAUUACUGAGCCUGCGCGUCUGGAGCCUGUGCUCCGCAACAAGAGAGGCCGCGAUAGUGAGAGGCCCGCGCACUGCGAUGAAGAGUGGCCCCCGCUUGCCGCAACUAGCGAAAGCCCUCGCACAGAAACGAAGACCCAACACAGCCAAAACUAAAUAAAUAAAUAAAUUUAUAAAAUAGGGUGUGAAGAAUCA